GCUAUAUAAUGUGGAAAGCAUCAGCAGGCCAUGCUGUGUCCAUCACCCAGGAUGAUGGGGGAGCCGAUGACUGGGAGACUGACCCUGAUUUUGUGAAUGAUGUAAGUGAAAAGGAACAGAGAUGGGGCGCCAAAACCGUGCAAGGGUCUGGGCACCAGGAACACAUCAACAUACACAAGCUAAGAGAGAACGUCUUUCAAGAACAUCAGACUCUCAAGGAGAAGGAACUUGAAACAGGACCAAAAGCCUCCCAUGGCUAUGGAGGGAAAUUCGGCGUGGAACAAGACAGGAUGGAUAAAUCAGCUGUUGGUCACGAGUAUCAGUCGAAGCUUUCUAAGCACUGCUCUCAGGUUGACUCGGUCCGGGGUUUUGGAGGCAAGUUUGGUGUGCAGAUGGACAGAGUUGACCAGUCUGCGGUAGGUUUUGAGUACCAGGGGAAGACAGAGAAGCACGCCUCCCAGAAAGACUACUCCAGUGGCUUUGGUGGCAAGUACGGUGUGCAAGCCGACCGGGUAGACAAGAGUGCUGUGGGCUUCGACUACCAGGGGAAGACAGAGAAGCACGAGUCACAGAAAGAUUACUCCAAAGGCUUUGGUGGCAAAUACGGUAUUGACAAGGACAAAGUGGAUAAGAGCGCUGUCGGCUUUGAGUAUCAAGGCAAAACAGAGAAACAUGAGUCCCAGAAAGACUAUGUGAAAGGGUUUGGAGGAAAAUUUGGUGUGCAAACAGACAGACAAGACAAAUGUGCCCUUGGCUGGGAUCACCAAGAGAAAUUACAGCUGCAUGAAUCCCAAAAAGAUUAUAAGACUGGUUUCGGAGGCAAAUUUGGUGUUCAGUCGGAGAGGCAGGACUCCUCCGCUGUGGGGUUUGAUUACAAGGAGAGACUGGCCAAGCACGAGUCCCAGCAAGACUACUCCAAAGGAUUUGGUGGGAAGUACGGGGUGCAGAAAGAUCGGAUGGAUAAGAAUGCGUCUACCUUUGAAGAUGUGGCACAGGUAUCCUCUGCCUACCAGAAGACUGUCCCUGUCGAAGCUGCGACCAGUAAAACCAGCAACAUCAGGGCGAACUUUGAAAACCUUGCUAAAGAGAAAGAGCAGGAGGACAGACGGAAGGCAGAAGUGGAAAGAGCACAGCGGAUGGCCAAGGAAAGGCAGGAGCAGGAGGAGGCCCGAAGGAAGCUGGAGGAGCAAGCCAAAGCCAAAACACCUCCUGCAUCCCCCACUCCUCAGCGGGCUGAGGAGAGGCAGCCUUCCAGUCCCAUCUAUGAGGAUGCAGCCUCCUUUAAGGCAGAGCUGAGCCACAGAGGUCCUGCAAGCGGGAGCGAGCCUGAGCCUGUGUACAGUACUGAAGCCACAAGCUACCCAGAGGCCAGCAGCCAGCAGGGCCUGGCCUACGCCCCGGAUGCCGUUUAUGACACCACCGAGGCCUCGGGCCACUACCAAGCAGAGGAGAACACCUAUGAUGAAUAUGAGAAUGACCUGGGCAUCACAGCCAUCGCACUCUACGACUACCAGGCUGCGGGCGAUGAUGAAAUCUCCUUUGACCCCGAUGACAUCAUCAGCAAUAUUGAAAUGAUCGACGACGGCUGGUGGCGCGGCGUGUGCAAGGGCCGGUAUGGGCUCUUCCCGGCCAACUACGUGGAGCUGCGGCAGUAGGCUGCUGGCCUGCCUUCCGGCACCUGUGCGAAUUCACACUACAGAUCUUGCCUUCGCUGGUUUGGGGUUUGGGGUUUGUAUUUUUGUUUUCAUUUUCUUUUCUGAGGGUGGGAAGGGGAAUAUACAUAUUGCUUUUAUAUUUAAUACUUUUGCUGAUGCAUUUGAAAAUGUUUAUGCCACAGAAUUUGCUAAUAUAUUGUAAUCAUGAUCCUUAGGAGGACUUUGGUGAUUGUUUUUGAACAUAAUUUUUUUUUUUUGCCAAAUUGACUGUCCUGUAUAGCCACUUCAGGGGCCUGUGGCUCUCCUGAGGUCUGUAGUGCAUGUUGUCUGUGUGUGUGUCGCGACAGUCAGGUCUCCCAGGACUGACAUCCAUGUCUGCAGCUCUGGGAGUGGCUGCCCACAGAAGAAGCUUUCCGGAGCAUCAGUGUUUUGAAGCGGAGGGAAGGGGCCCAGCCAAGUGUCAGGCAGGUGGGAACCGCUGGAAGGGGCACUGGCUUCCUCAUCAGGCGGGAGACCCCACAUUUCAUCCCAUGGGAUCCCAGGUUGUCUGAGGCUUUCUCCUGAGCCGCUGUCCUGUCUUGUCCUUGUCUCUAUGCCUCUCCUGACCCCUGAAUCCUGCCCUGGUAUGAGGUGUCACCAAGUCCUUCCACUGUUCCCUCACCCCUGUCUCAGACUCUGGCCCGCAGAGAAGGACCUUGGGCUUAGAGGUGAGCUUGAAGCUAGAGUUAGCUGCCACACAGGGCUGCUUCCUGGUCAUUCAGACUCUGGGCUCUUGCAGUGGGGUGUGGUGUGUGCUUGGCUCGAUGGCUCUCAGCUGUGGGAGGUCGGUGCCCUCUUGGUGUGAACUGCUAGAAGCACGCCCUCAUCAGGGGUUGUGUGCUUUGCCAAGAUCUCAUGUUCAGUUAGUAAAAUUUGAGUUGGCUAAACUCUGAUUGGGAAUAAGCAAGUGCUUCUUCCCAGUGUACCACGGUGGUGUCUCUGAACCACUACGCCCAUAUUGCCCACCACUUGGAGGGGAAAUAAGUUCGUGUACCUGCCGAGACACUAGGCCCAGUCCUGUUUGUGUACAUGAUCAGUGGGACAGGUGUCUUUCCAGCAGAUUCAUAGAAAUGUUUCAGUUGUUGGGGACACUAGUAGUCAUGAUGCACGUGCUUUCCCUCUGAGUGAUUUCUGCAGAGUCCUUGCUUUUCCACUGUUAGGUUGGGUUUUAUAUACAACUUAUUGUAUCUGGAUUUCUGUAGCACACCUCAUAGGUAUGAUUUUUUAAAAAUUAAAUACUCAGAAUAAACUUUUUUUUGGAUCCAUUUGCUGCAUGAUUUACUUUGAUACUUGGUCACUUUGUUCUGGAGUUGAAGGUGGUUUUGUUGGUGUCAGUGUCUUAUAUUCCUGGAUGGGCCCAUUCUGGAGCUCCUUCCAGCCAGUGCCCCACACCCGUCUGCAGUUCAGGUCAACCACAGUCAACCAGAGUUUCAAGGGACUUGCUACUUUAGAGGCACUUUUUAUCACCUGAAAUAUAUUCUCAAAUCUCCAAUUAUUUGAACAGAGUUUCCAACCAGACUAGAAAAUGCCAUAUUUAAUAAUCACUUUUGAGCUACAACUCUCAAAAUGAAUACUUCAGUGGCUGCAGUGAAGUCAGAGGUGUUUUGUUCCUUUAGGGCACAACAUAUCAGGGUCUGAAGGAACCGGUGGCCCUGGCUCCUGGACCUGCCCUAGGCUGUGGCCAACCUACUUUAGUAAGGAAAUAGCCAGUGGAUGAGAGACCAGGAGCCUUUUUGGAUACCCCCAGGGCAAUGGUGAGGAGGCUUUGUGCCCCACCGUGGUUUCAAGUGCCAGCGCAGGAUGGCUUUUCUCUGAGAGUAGCAUCCUGCAGCCAUAGUCUUGGUACGGAUAGGCCCAGAACUGUGCACUCUGGGCAGUACCCUUCCUGUCUUGCUAGGUCCCUUGAGUAUUCCUGCCUGCAGGGGCUGGGAGCAGGGCUUGGGAACCUCGUUCCACUCACACCCCCUGCCUGUGGGAACCUCCUGUGGAGCCUCAGGCUGGGCUUGUAGGCCUCUCCAGCCUCUGAGCUGGGCAGCAGCGCCUCCAGCAUCCCACCUUACCUCCAGCAGUUUGAUAAAGAGACCUUUGUCAGUGCUGCUCGUGGGAUACAACUCCAAGAGCCCUGCUUUUCCUCCCACAACAGUCCAGGCACAUCAAAGGGUACCCAGUGGGGAGGCCUGCCUCAUGUUUGAUUAUGCUGUGGGGGUGGGAGAAGGAAUCUGUCUACCAAUGAAGCUCUGCCAUGUGUGGAGGCAGUGCCCUCACAGUGAGGGGCUGGGCAGGUCUGGGCCAAGUGUGACAGGGUUGGGGACAUGCAAGAAGGGUUUCCAUUGGCCCACUGUUUGCUCACUGGCUCUGUGACCAUAAGUGUGGCAGGGGCUCACCCGGACCAGGCCACAUUGUGGACAGGUCUGUUUCUGUUUUGCUGGUGACCAUUUGUGACCAUGAAGCCCAUGAAGCUGUAGCUCUGUCUCACAUCUUCCAUCUUAAGCUCAGAUUCAUCCCAAGACCCCCUCUGGUCUGAGAAACAACUCAGGGCCUGGGUUGCUGGGCAGCUUUGUGCUCUCAGCCACUGGAAGAUGGAGGAGGUCAGGAAGUGGGUGGGUUUUCCUCCAUUGAUGCCCAGCCAUGAAGAUGAUCCUGUGGUGUGUAAGGAACAAAUGUCUCUAGGAAGCACUGCAGUUCCUGCUGGCCAUUUUGGGGCACUCUGGUGUGCACACAGACCAGGGAGAGCUGGGUCCAGGUGAGACCUCUUGCUUUGCCUCUGGGAGAUUGGCUUGCUGGUGAUUGUUCAACUCGGGAUGUCCAGAAAGGGACAGUGCAGUCAGUAAGUUACCGGAGCAUGUCCUGGAUGUUGGGCCCUGCAGGUAGAAUGAUGUGGGACAGGAUUCUGGUGAGGAAGAGCUGGUUCCACCUUAGUGUUUACCUCCAGCUACAGAUUGAACAGCCAAGAAGAGGGGAACAUUGGUUCCAUGAGGCUUCCCCGCAGAGCUGUGCCCUCUGCUCUUUUCCCCUCCAGAUGCUGGUGGUGUUGGUAGGUGCUUUGCCACCUGCACUGGCUUGGAGCUAGCUUUGGUGGCACACUCUUGAGGCAGAGGCAGGAGGAUCGCUGCAAGUUUGAGGCCAUCCUGGACGCAUAGAGAGACCCUGUCUCAAAAGAACCAAAACAAAAGUUACCCACUUCUUUCUAGUCAGGUGCUUGCUAGAGUCAUUUUACUUGCUCGAGUAUGGAAUUUGCCACGAGACAUCUUCCCAGCUAGAUGUACCAGGUACAGUGUCACAUACCUGUGGUCCCAGCACUCAGGAAGCUGAUGUGCCAGGCUUGCCUGAACCUAGGCAGGUCAGCAUGGGCAACAUAGCGAGCCCCAGCUCAAAGUAACAACUGAGUGGAAGUGGACCGUGUAUUAAAAUAUGAUGCAAUGAUAACCUUUAGUAAUUUGUACUUUUCUUUUUUUGCUUCUUUUUUUGGUACAGGGGAUCAAACUCUGGACCUCGAGUUUCCGAGGCACAUGGUGGCACCACUGAGCUAAAUCCCCCGCCCUAUUCUUUUCUGGAGACAUUAGGAUGCCCUUGGGUUCUCGCCUCCAUCCAGUGUUUUGAAUUCUGUUUUUUCUUGUUUUCCCAUUGGUUAUUUCUUCUGAUGUGUUUGCUCUGUCAUGGAGAAAGAAACUGCUUUUGAUUAUGAUUGCAAAAGUGACAAGAGUAAGGAACAUAGUCAGAUACAGUAAAAACAGGCUGAGAAGUGAGAUUGUUUUUCCUGCAGCCAUUAUCAUUGUUGUAAUAGUGCUCAUUCAAUUAAUGUUUAAAAAUCACAUGAGACAGCUCAGUUGUCUUUUGAGCACUGUAAGAUUUCCUACAAAGAGGAGUCAUCUCUAGAUUUAAUGUUGUUUCAUGUUGUUAAUAUUUUCUCUGUUAAUUAAACCUCCUGCUACUAAACAAGGAAGUACCACCUCCCAGGUGCUCUGUGAAUGAGACUCAUGCAGGCUCCAGUAGGCUCCAGUAGGUUCCUUCUGCUGGGCAGAAUAAUGGCUCCCCAAAGAUGCCCACGUCCUAAUGGCCGUCCUAUGAGUAUGUCCUGUCUGGCACAGGAGAGUUAGGC